CCGGCUUCCUUCUCGCCGCUCGGCUUCGAGGGACGCCACGUGCUGUCGCUUUUGCCGUCCACCCCUUCAAUGACGAGCACAAUGGCGAGCACAAGCAAGACUUCGACAAAUGAAUUGGUAUCUGUAGACAGACAGACCCGUCGCCGCAUUCACUCGCAAUUUAGAGCUGUGCUGGGCUGUGUGUCUGCCCCAGGCCAAGAUGGAGAACACCAAUUGGGAGCCCGUCAACGACGAGAUGGCCGUCGACAUCACCGAGUAUGAGGGCACCAUCCCGCCCGGCCUGCAGGGCGAGUUCGUCCGCAACGGUCCCAACGCACACAUGGGCAUCAAGGGCCUGCACCUCUUUGAUGGCGACGGCAUGCUACACGCACUGGUGCGCACCGCACUUAUAUUGAUGGUCUCGUCUGUGUGUGUAUCGUCUUUGGGGUGCUUUGCCAUGUGGUGCAGCGGCUUUACAAGUCGUCGGACGGGAGCAUGAAAGCCCGGUACAUCAACCGUUACGUGCAGACCCCCCGCCUGCAGGAGGAGCGCAAGGCCAAGCGGGACCUCUUCAUGCGCAUCGGGCAGCUCCGCGGGCGGCUGGGCAUCAUCCGGAUGCUCCUGUACCCUCUGCGGCAGAUGCUGGGGAUGGCCGGCAAGAUGGACAAGGCGGACAGGCGCACGGGCACGCAGAACACCGCGCUGGCCUACUUUAGGAAACGUAUGUGUGUGUGUGCGUGCGUGUGUGUGUGUGUGUGUGCACAUGGACGGCGACAUUGUGUGAUGGUGCACACACCUUCUUUGUUUGUGUGUCGUCAGGUCUGCUGGCGUUGGUCGAGAGCAGCCUGCCGUUCAGCGUCAAGAUGCUGCAAGACGGCGACUUCGAGGUGGGUGUGGGCACCACAACAGAAACAAGCAACCACACAGCGCAGCACAGCGCAGCGCAGCACAGCACAGCACAGCACGUGCUUGUAUUUCCUCUCUCUCUCUCCUUGUGUGUGUUGGCUUUGUUCGUGUGGUGUGGUACCUAAGUCCGAGUGCUACGAGUCUUACGGCGAGAAGCUGAACCAGCCUGUGAGCGCACACAGCAAGGUGGACCCUGAGACGGGCGAGUUCCUCAUCUACGGCUACGACCUGCUGAGCAAGCCCUACUGCAAGUAUGCCAUCGUCGACAAGGACGGCAACCUCUCACACAGACUUGACGUCGAGUACGUGGGCGGCACGGCCACAUACACACACACAGAGAGAGGGAGAGAGGGUGGAUGGGGUCAUUGUGUGUGUGUGUGUGUGUGUGUGGCCCGCCUUGCUGCAGGAUUCCACGGCCUGUGAUGAUGCACGACUUCGCCGUGACGAAGAACUACACGAUCUUCCUCGACAUGCCGCUCAUAUUCGACCCCAAGAGGAUGGCACGGUAAGUGGGUCGGUCACACAUUACAUACGCACCACACACACACAGAGAGAGACCACCAGUUGUAUUGUAUGCCAUAUGCCCUCUGUGGUUCCUCUGCCAGCGAUUGGCAGUACUCCUACCCAUUCCGCUUCGAUGCCUCCAUCAAGGCGCGGUUCGGCAUCUGCCCCAGAUACGCCAAGUCGAUGGACGAGUUCACCUGGUUCGAGACGAGACCAUGCUACGUACGCUACGUGACCCACCAGCUGCACUGCACCCACACAGACAGACAGACGUGUGGACUGCCACUGUCUGUCGUGUCGUGUGUGCAGGUCUUCCACACGAUGAACGCCUAUGAGGACCCGGAGAAUCCCCGGAAGAUCGUGCUGCAUUCGUGCCGCUUCGAACACAUCGAGCUGGAGUUCGACAACUCCGCUAGCCCGUACGCUACGCGAGCAGCACAGCACAGCUGACCACAGCGGGAAGCCAGCCAGUCGGGUCAUUCCUUCUGUUGUGUGUGUGUCAGUGCGUUGGUCAAGUGGACUUUCGACCUGGACACCAAGGAGAUGACCGAGGAGCUCAUCGUCGACAACGGCAAAGACACGCUCGAGAACCCUGUGUAUGUGACCCAACACCUACACACACUCACACACACAGAGAGAGAGGGGGGGGAGUUUGGCUCAGUUUUUCUCCGUCCGUUGUGGUGCUUUGUUGGUUUGGGUUGGUUUGGUCUCGCUGACAGUGAGAUCCAUGGCGAGUUCCCCAGGAUCAACGACUCCUACGUGGGCCGCGUGAACCGAUAUGGCUGGUUUGUCGAACAAGACAGCGACAAGGGCACCUUCAUCGCAGUCGUCAAGGUGAGUCAGCGAGCAACCACCAGCCCACCAGUCCAGUCCAACAUGUCUUCUCUCUCUCUCUCUCUCUGUCUCUUCUCAGCUGGAUCUGCAGCAGCGAUCGGUGGCGGGCUGCAUCGACUUCAGCUCCUCUCUCGGCAAGCCCCCCGGCACCAUGACAGGCGGCGAGUGCGUCUUCGCUCCCAACACAACCACCAUCACCACGACAGAGGAUGGCGGGUACCUGAUGACUUUCCUCUACGACACGGCGGCCAAGGAAAGCUACUACUGCGUGUGGGACGCGGCGACCAUGGCCGAGGCGCCCGUGGUGAAGAUGAAGCUGCCGCGACGAGUGCCCUAUGGCUUCCAUGGCAUGUGGGUGUCGGAGGAGCAGAUACAGUCGGGCUUGCACUAGAGGGAGGGAGGGACGUGGGGGAAGGGAGACUGACUGUUGUGUGUACUUCAACAAGUGCCUGUGGUGUAUUGCUCGGGGGUCGGGCCGCAGGGCUGUCCUGCGUUGCUUUGCCGAAGGUAGGCUGGCAGGCAGCCGGGGGGGGUGGUUAUGCGUUUGUGUGAGUGCAUCCUUGAGAUAGAUGUCACGCAGCACAGACGCACACACACAGUACCUACCUACUCACUGCAUUCAUGAGCCAUUCAUGCGACGCAGUCUGUCUGUCUGUCUGUCUGCCGAGAGAGAGAGAGAGAGAGAGAGGAUCUGUUGUGCUGUGCUGCAUGUGCCGUUUAGGUAUGUUUGAUGAACGUGUGUGUGUGUGUGCGUGUGUGUGUUGGGGGUCUUUUCUCGCCGAGACACUGACCGCAUCUCUGUAUACACACGCAACACUCCUGUCUCUUGCUGUCCACUGACUAAGUUGCAUGCCUUCAUCCGGUCGACAGACACAGACAGGGUAGGAUACCUCGCCGUGCGAGUGUGGCUGGCUGGCUGGCUGUUCGGAGCUCAGUCCAUUUCAGCACAGCACACAAGCAGGCGGCCAUCGGUUGAUUGGGCGACUUCCUGACAGAUGGGAUGGGUGCGAGGGCGCCUCACACGAGCCACCCGCCCAACCACCCACUGUCAGAUGUGUGUGUGAGUGCGUGUGCAUGGGGCAGCUUUAUCAAUCCAAUGGCGUGUGUGUGCGUGUGUCGUGUGUGUGAGCGUGUGUCUUUUUGUCGUUGGUCCUGCAACGCAGUGUGCCACGGAACUCACGAAUGGAAUGAGCGACCAGACCCAGACCAGACCGAGGCGGUCUUUGUUUUUGAAAGGAUCACAGCACACAGCACAGCACACACACACACAGAGAUCGAUCGGAGUUCGGACUCGCGCACAGUCCACACAUCCCCUCCACACACACAAUAUACGUGACGCCACAGGGCGGCCAGCCAGUCGGUUUCACCGAUCAGUCAGUCCAUCAGGCAGGUGGAGG